CUGUGCUUAACGCAACUGGAGUUGCUGUCCAGUCAUCGCGAAAACUGUUGCCUGUUUCAGUGGAAUAUGAUUACUAUUGUUUGAGUAUUUGUGAUUCGGAGCGUUUCUGCUGCUUUCUGGAGUUAUGUGACUUCUACGGAAAUCGGUACACUUCUCACCGUCUUGCAGCUUUUACAGCUAUGUAGCCAGAAUCACUAGUACAAAGUCUGUGAAUUCGAAUUUCCGGGAUGCAUGCUGCGCAGCUGCACUUUAACAGUUUAACCAUAUUUACUGAGAACUAUCUGAAUAACCCUUGAUAAAAUUUUAUUUCUGCAAGAAAAUUGCAGCAUAGAGAUUAACUAGUCUGGCAUACUAAAAUGUCCAAACGAAAGUAUGAUAAAGUGCUAAUAAAGUUUCAUCCCGAGUACGAUCAAGCGGACGCCGAUGGUUCUGGCGUUAUACAACCCGUGCCGGCAUGCCCAUUCCACAUGAUGCCCGCUGAAAUUUUGGCUCGGAUUUUUUCAUAUCUAGAGAUUAACGACGUUGCCCGAUGUUCAUGUGUCUGCGCCCGAUGGCGGUGCGUUGGCCAGUCGGUCUUAAUGCAAAGAAGCGUCAUCUUCGAUCUUGACAAGUGGGCAAAGUGUGUCUGGCAGCCUGGGCCAUCCCGCCAGUUGAAGCGCAUGGUAACCGGAGCCACGCGCCGUCUGAUCAUGCGAAAGCCUUUGUACUUCCCACCGGAAAAUCUCGCAGCAAUGCCACUGCAAGCCUUCCGUGACCCUGCCAGCAAUCUCUGCUACUGUAACAGUAGCUUAAAAGACCUUCAUCGGAUUUUUCUACACUUAAACAACCAUUUGUAUAAAAUAUUCAACAACCGAGAAAUGACGAAUUCGUCCGGAAAUGCAAUGCAUCGAGGACCAAGUUUGACGCUUCAAAACUUACGAAUUGCUGUAUCGUCACUCUUUGCCUACAAUCUGAACUCCAUACGGGAAGUCCGACUGCAGAAUGUACAACUUGACUUUUUUUUCGGGCUUGACUAUGACAAGCAGUAUAAAGACUUGGAUUUCCCGCUUCGUGUCAGUGUGGUCGAACAUGUCAUCACACAAGACAACAUGUGGCUUUUCGAUACUGAUGGAAAGCCUGUGUUGAGGGAACCCGCCUAUCUUAAAGAACUACCACACAUCGCGGCAAUUUUUUACGGCCUAACACAUUUCAUGUUUUUCGAUUUGCUAGUGCCAACCGGCUUGUCGCCUCGUGAUCUGAGGAUCGUGGAAACGAAACUGAGAUCGAAGGAUACAGUUGGUGACCAGUACAUGGACUAUUGGGUUAAAUAUGUGGGAUUUCCAGCAAGCACGGCUAGCAUUUGGAGCGAACAGAGUGUCGAUGUGCUGGGAUGGACCCUCGAGCGGGUUCUCCGUUUCCCAUCCUGGCUUUAGUACUUUACUCUGCAUUUGUUGAUGUGUUACUCCAAUGGGUGGAACGAGGAAGUGCCGGUGCAGGCGAAUGAUCGCGACUGGAUCGUUCAAAGGGUACCGGAACCCCACCAGAAAUCAUACUGUGUUAUCCCAUAUUAUCAGUAUUACGGUGACCCCUGCAACUUCUAUGCCGAACGGUACCAUAUACGGCACCCCGUCCAAAACUCAGACGACCAAUCAAAAAGCAAAAAGAGUUUAUGAUAAUACAUAUUCUAUUAGUCAUGUGUCAGCUUAUUAGAUACUUCUGCUGUUGAUAUGUGAUCGUCUUUCGCUGGAUUGUUAUUAUUGUGUUACCGCGCCUAAGCCAUUUCGCAUCAGGUGGCCAGCUUCGUAUACGAACUGCGGAAUGGGGAAAGAAUUUUUCUGU